AUGUCUAGACAACCAUCCGAUGUUGUCUUGAAUAUAAAAAAGUUGAUUGGGAAACAAUUUGAUGACUGCUGGGUGCAAGGAAUGAGGAAAAGAGUCCAUUUUAGCAUCGUUGAAGGGGGGAGAGGAGAAGCUUGCGUCCAAAUCCAUGGAGUGAGAUUUUCUCCUGUUGAAAUUGCCAGUGUUAUUUUUGCAAAGCUCAAGGAUGUCGUCCUGAUGUACCAAUUUCAUCACGAAUUAAAAGCGGUGAUAAGUGUGCCCAUUUUCUUCAGUGAACAGCAAAGGGAGGCCAUAUUGUUGGCGGCAAACAAAGCGGGCUUAACGGUAUUGCAGUUAAUAGAUGAACCAACGGCGGCCGCUCUUUCUAGAGCAACAAUUAAAGAAGGUACCAUUGUUGUUUUCGACAUGGGUGCUGGAUCAUACACAGUCUCCGUACUUGGUGUGUCUGGCACAAACAUUGAGGUCAAAAGUCAAUCUGCUGACCCCAUUGUUGGUGGGGAUCAAUUCGACGAUAUAGUUCUGUACUACUUUAUUACGCAGAUCAGAAAUUUUCAUCAGGUCGACAUUCGUUCAGAUAAAUAUGCUAUGAUGUUACUUGCUGAAGCAGCGGAGCAAGCUAAAGUGGAAUUAUCAACCCAACACGAAGUCACAAUUUCCGUGUCAUGA